CUCAGCCUCCGUCUGGAUAGAGCAGCACCUGCACACAUCAUGGACAUUACAAUCCAUCACCCCUGGAUGCGCCGGCCGGUCCUGGCACCCUCCCUCAUCCCCAGCCGCCUCCUGGGACAGAGAUUUGGAGAAGGGAUCUUGGAGACGGAUCUGUUUUCUGCCAUGCCCAUGAGCUUAAAUCCUUAUUACUACCGAUCCCCCAGCAUCCAGCUGCCAGAGGCCGGGCUGUCUGAGGUAAAGCUGGACAAGGAUCAGUUCUCCGUACUCCUGGAUGUGAAACACUUCUCGCCUGAAGAGCUGACAGUCAAAGUCAUUGGAGACUACGUGGAGGUUCAUGCCAAGCACGAAGAACGCCAGGACGAGCACGGCUUCAUCUCCCGGGAGUUCCAUCGCCGCUACAAGGUCCCCCCAACAGUCAACCCGUCUGCCUUAACUUCCGCUCUGUCUGCAGAGGGCCUGCUGUCCGUCCAGGCUCCGGUCACUGACAGUACCAAGACCGAAGAGAGAAACAUUCCCAUCGCAAAGAAGGAGAAGUGAGGCAGACUGUAAUCCCUACAUCGGCUGUCUCUGCAACACAUUACCGCAGCGCAGAGGUCCUUAGCUAACAGACAGGGGGCGCCAGGGGCUUUGUAGUGUGCAAGAGAAUGCUUUACUUUCUAAAACUUUCAUGAAGAUGUCCGCAGAUUCAGAAUUCCACGCACUUCGGUGACGUCCUGUCUCCCCGUACAUACAUAUAACCGACGCAGGUGACUUGGCCGAUACUCUGAAGGCCAAACAUUGCGGUCACAUUCACAGCAGCAGAAUUAAACCAUGGUUUGAUGAAAGA